GUGUCAUGCGCAGUCAUUUGCUGAGCUUUGUGAGCGCGCUUGUCGCGCUCGUGGCCGCCCAAACGAUUGUGUUUCCAACGUCAGCGCCCGUCUCGUGCCCCGUGCCCGCGAUUCGCCAGUCGUGGCUCAACAUGACGGCGGCGGACCAGCAGACGUACCUCGACGCCGUCGGUAUCGCGAUGGACAAGGGCUAUCACUUCAACUUUUUGCAAAUUUUGUCCGAGUCCGACACGUACUACGAGUACUACUCGACGUGCGGGUGGGCGUACAGCAGCCGCCGCCUCCUCCUCGCCUACCAAAACAUGCUGCGCAGCCUCGGCCCCGCGUACGCGUGCAUUACGAUUCCGUACUGGGACUACUUUGCCGACAAUGCGCAAAUCCAAACCGGCGCCUGCGACGGCACGCUGGGCAACUGCUCGGGGAUUCUAUCGAGCAUGGGCGGCAACGCCGGGGCACCGACGACGCUCACGAUCGACGGCAUCCCCGUGAGUGGCGCCGCGACGACAAGUAGCCCACUCAACCGGUUCUGCGAGCUCUACAACAUUAGCUGCUCCGGGUACGUGCCCCGGGGCCCCAACUGGAGCACCACAAGCUUCCCCGCCGGCUUUGGGUACGCGACGCUCGCCAACAUGCUCAAGAAGGCGACGAGCUUUUACUCGUUCACGUUUGGCCUCAAGAAUGGCAUCCACAACAGUAUGCACUUGGCGCUGGGUGGUGUCAUGGCCGACGCGAACCACACCAUGGCGGACCCGCUCUUCUUUAGUCAGCACGCGGCGCUCGACAUGAUGGUGCAAGUGUACAUCGAGUGCUACUUUGGGACCAACCGGACUGUCGAGAAGAAGCAAACCAGUCCGUGGGCGUUCUCUGUCUGCGCGCCGUCGAUCGCUGAGAUGCCACGUGCACCGCGCGUCACGUCCAACAUCACGCAGCGCCUCCCGCAGUCGUUUGAAAAUUACACGACGAUUGUGGACGCGGCCGACCACCCCGUGAUUGGCCAGUUCUUUGCGUCGACACCGACCGCCUACUUUUCGUACGUCGAUGCGACGGACAUGGGCGCCUUGAGCUACACCUACGAGAAGAACGUGCUCGUGUCAAGUCUCCUCGCCAACGGGUACAUCUGCCCCAUCAAGGUCUACAAACGCCGCCGCCUCGUCGACGACACCAGCCUUACUGCGAAGACGGCGGCCGCACGCUGGCCGAGAAACUCGCGCUACACGGCGGUCCAGCGCCUCAACAAGCUCCGUCGCCAGUUCUUGGCCAAGGCUAUGACGUACACGUCGUACAAGCUGGACGCGGCGCUCGAGCUCUACGCGGCGGCUGAGUGCUUGAUCGCCAACACUCGGACGCCAGCGGUCGCCACGACCGGCAUCUUCUCCACUAAGCCGAUGGCGAUUUUCACCAGUGCGUCGACGACGCCCGUGACGGAGACGGUGUCGGCGCCCUGCAGCUCGCCCGCCCUCACGCUCCUCGGCAGAUCGGCGAAUGCAUUUGAGCUUCGUGACUACAUGCUUCGUUUCGUCAAGCGCACCAGCACGAUCACGUAGCCGACGACGUGCUAUCUGACAGACCAUUAUUCUGUGUCGACCCCCACCGAUCGAAGGUAUCCUGCAUGCACUUAAUGUCUGUGUAACGAGUAAAUACACGCUACGAGUUGCCUCGGCAUCA